AUUUGAAUUUCAUAAUGUUUUGAUAUAUUCAAAGACUGAUGGUGGUAUAAAGAAAGAUUGCGCUGUUCAUCUUAAAGAGAACUUUAAAUUAGUAUGCUAAUGGAGAACUUGACUAACAUUCCGGAAAAUCUUACCGGGGCUCCUGAAAACUCCUCUGUCGCAACUCGAUGUUCAGACGUGAUCUGCCUAAACGACGAAGAGUACCUAGAUUAUUUAGAGGACUACGUUUUUCCAGAGGACUGGGAAUGGGCCAUCAUCAUUCUGUACGCCAUAACAUUUGUGGUUGGACUAUCUGGGAAUGUUCUGGUCUGUUUUGCUGUAUGGAGAAACAGAUCCAUGAGGACAGUGACAAAUAUUUUCAUCGUGAAUUUGGCAAUUGCAGAUCUUACCGUGAUCAUAAUAUGCCUCCCACCAACCCUUUUGGCUGACGUGACAGAAACUUGGUAUUUCGGAUUCGUAAUGUGCAAAAUAGCAUUAUUCUUGCAGGUGACUUCCGUAGCAGUUUCUGUGUUUACACUAAGUGCCAUCUCAGUGGAGAGAUGGUACGCCAUUUGCUAUCCACUCCGCUUCAAAAGUACCAAGAGGAGGGCAAAAAUAAUCAUACUUGUCAUAUGGAUCAUCGCCUUUCUGCUUGCCUUACCCGAAGUCAUCGUCGCUGACCUGAUACGCUUUGUACAACGUUCGUAUAUAGAUCUUCUGAUCACGUGUCGACCUCACUGGCCCGAUAUGUCCAACCAGGUGGUAUACCAAGGCGUACUUAUAGUGCUUAUGUAUCUACUCCCGCUAGUUUUGAUGACUGUGACUUACAGUAUGAUUGCUGUGGUCCUGUGGACGGGCAAAAUUCCGGGUGCCAUAGAGUCCGCCAAUAAACCUAUGAUGGAUAGCAAAGUAAAUAGAGCCGAGGAACAACUGGAAUCACGGAAGAAAGCCGCCAAGAUGCUCAUCACGGUCGUAAUUGGGUUUGCCGUCUGCUACUUUCCCGUUCACCUGUUUAAUAUUCUCAGAUAUGCAAAUGCGUUAAAAUCUGCUCCACCGCAAUCCAUUCAGUUAAUGUCUGUGAUUUCCCACUGGCUACCGUACCUCAACAGCUCUAUAAACCCCAUUAUCUAUAACUUCAUGAGCGCCAAAUUCAGAAAAGAAUUUGCAACUGCUUGCUGUUGUAUAAAGAGAAAGAGGGCAUUCAGUGUACAUUAUAGAAGUGGCGUGUCAACGUUCAGCAACGCCUCGCAAUACGCCAAUCGCAACAACAGCAACUCUUGCACGGAACAAGUCUUAUUGUCCACAUAUACCGAUAGAUAAUGAAUUCUUUCACCUCCGUUUUAAAU